AUCUGUCAAAGAGCACUCGAGACAAUUUUCGCUUCAUUUUUGCGACCAAUAUUGGACGUUCAACCGACAAUUUUACGACGAAUUCAAACGGGUUACUUUGUAUAUUUUGAAGACUUUUUGCUGUGGAAUAUCAUACAAAUAUUUUGCUGUUUUUUAUGGACUUUUUUUUCUUGCCAAAGUAGGCUUGCUUGAGAGGACUUUGAGAGGAUUUUAAUAACAUAUCUUGUUGUAUAUAAUAUUUGCUUAGAAUGUGACGAUCAAUAGACUACCAAUGAACAUGCUUUAAUGGAAUAAAUGGAUAUCUUAGUGGACAUUUGAACUGUUAUUAAAGUCAAAUCAUUGUUAAAACGGACAAUCGAAAGCAAUUGAAAGUUGAAGAUUAAAAGUUCAACAAGGAACUAUCGCGUAACUUAAAUUCCUUUUCAGUAUUACGCAGGAACUGAGAGUUGUAUUUAUCUCUAUAAACGUAUCGUAAAUCGAAGGAAAGAUGGAAGGCUGCUUUCUUGGAAAUGGCGAACGUCUGAAUUUCAGUAAUAUGACUCAAUUCCCGACUUCUGAUCCAGUGGUUUGGAAUAUUGACGAAGGUUGGUGCGUUUUAUUUGUCUUCCAGAUUAUAAAUCACAAGUCGCGUGACAGAAAAUUAUUUAAAUAUGUAGCAAUCAUAGCAAUAUGUUGCUAUUAAUCACUAUUAAUGAAUACCCUGAUACAACAUUGCAAUAUGUUGCAAAUUAAUCCAUAGAAAUUGUAGCAAAUUUAGCAGUAUGUAGCCAUUAAGCUAGCAAUAUUUAGGGGCGAGGUAUUAAUUGGGACGAAAGUCCUGUUUCUCAUACCAAUGUACCUUGUCUUGUAACAUAUUAUGUAUAUCCAGUGUCAGUGUAAACAUUUGUGACCUAUUUAAUAAUAAUAAUAAUGAUAGUAUGUACCACAUAGAUGCAUAUACAAAGCCCUCUCUGCAUGAUAUUCUUGAAUGUUUAUAGUGCGAUUUUCUUCUUUUACUGAGCAUAUGUAGUCUCAUCUGAACAUUCAAAAAACUCAUUCACUUAUACUUCUGUGAGAAGAAAGAAAAUCACAUCUAAAAUCACAUUUUACUCAUUUGGCCAUGUUUACUCAAUUACCUUUUAGUGAGUAGUGUGUAUCUUCCUUAUUUGUCUAUUAGGCUGUGGGCUGUUGGCCAAAAUUAUUUCACUUCGUGGCAACCCCUUGGGGAAUAGAUUUUCUGUGAUUCAAUGCGUAGUACCAUGAAUACUUGACUACCACAAAAAGUUCCCAAGCAAAAAACUUGCCAAACACCGAGAAAAUGGGUGAUCAGUGAUUACCCCUAUUAAAUUGUAUUACUGCAAGAAAAUGUGAAAUUUUGUAUUCAAUUACAACAAAAAUGACUUGCAUCAUCAGAAAGCUUACAAAAAACCACAUAUAAGACAUUCAAACAGUUUUUUGAUCCUUCAAAAAUUCUUGAGUUAUUGCUGUUUUAAAUGUGAAAAUUGGACCAAAAUGUUGCAAUAAGGACUGGGUACUAGGUCAAAAACGCGUUUUUGACAGCUUAUAACUCGAAAACAAUUUGAGAUAUAAAAAAACUGUUUAAAUGUCUUAUAUCCAGUUUUUUGUAAGCUUUCCGAUGAUGCUAGUCAUUUUUGUUGUAAUUGAAUACAAAAUUUCACAUUUUUUCGUUGUAAUACUGAUCACCCAUUUUCUCGGUGUUUGGCAAGUUCUUUACUUGGGAACUUUUUGUGGUAAUUGGGCAUCUAUGGUACUGUGCAUUGAACCACAGAAAAUCUAUUCCCCAGGGGGUUGCCACGAAAUUGUUUUUCCAAGCACUUUUUCGCACAACGGCCCACGGCCUAUAUGUAAACCAUUAAUUAUUGGGAAUAACAAUACCAUAUUUACUCAUUGAAGCACUACUGCCAUUAGAGGAACAAAGACACAAAAUUGACCCUAACAGUUUUUACUCAUUUUAGAAGCGGUAUUAGAUGAACUGUAUGGUAUGCUAACAGCGGCCGAUACUAACGCAUAUGACAACCAACUAAACCACAUCCCCCAAAUGCAAGACACUAAUAUGAAUGCCAAUUUACCCGAGAUGAACAAACUUCAACAUUUUGACGUAUACAAACCACAGUUUCCAUUGACCUCCAAUCAUGCAGCGUCCAUGCCUGUUUUACCAACACAAGAUCAGCCAAUGAAUUACAACCAGAUCCAAAAUUCAAAUCGCCGUCCAGAUUUUCAAGUACCACAACAACAGCCCAACGUUUACGCACCUUUGUCAAGAUACCCACAGAACAAUGCCAUAUGUAACCCGCCUCCCCAGAACAAUGCCAUACGUAACCCACCUCCCCAGAAUAAUACCAUAUGUAACCCGCCUCCCCAGGGCAAUAUCAUAUGUAACCCACCUCCCCAAAAUAUACCACCCUCGAUAAUUAUCCCAGCUGUUGAUAAGGUCCCUUCCCAUGCCCCCUCAACUGAGUCGACAUUGGUGACAUUUGUGGAUUUGAAAACAUUCUACGAGAAAGGGCAGUGUCGUCUCCAGGGAAAAUCUGAACAACGUUUAGACUAUGCUUCUUCAUUUGUCAGAAUUUACUUAGAAAAUCCAGAUAAUAUACAGGUAGGGUAUUAUUGUACCAUAUCAUAACAUACCAUGCCAUACCAUAACACAUAUCAUACCAUGCAAUAAUAUACCAUGCCAUAAUUCACCAUAACUCACCACAGCAUAUCAAACCAUAUCAUACCACAAUAUACUAAACCAUAUGACACUGUACUAUAUUAUGCAUACCAUACCACAACAUACCAUACCAUACCACAACAUCUCAUACCAUAUUAUACCAUAACUCACCACAUAUCAAACCAUAUCAUACCAAAAUAUACUACAUCUAAGCCAUAUGACACUAUACUAUAUCAUACCAUAGUCCAUACAACAACAUACCAUGCCAUAACACUCACCACAACAUAUCAAACCAUAUACCUCACUAUACCAUACCUAACACCAUACCAUACCAUAACACAUUACACCAUACCAUAACACAUUACACCAUACCAUAACACAUUACACCAUACCAUAACACAUUACACCAUACCAUAACACAUUACACCAUACCAUACCAUACCAUAACACAUUACACCAAACCAUAACACAUUACACCAUACCAUAACACAUUACACCAUACCAUAACACAUUACACCAUACCAUAACACAUUAAACCAUACCAUAACACAUUACACCAUACCAUAACACAUUACACCAUACCAUAACACAUUACACCAUACCAUAAUCAUACCACACCAUGUCAUACCAAUCAUACUACACCAUACAAUGACGUCUGGUACUUUGAAACCACAAGUACCAUAGCAAUCCUUAGCAUAGCAGUCUUUACAUUCCAGGCGAAAUCAGCAUGUGUUGAACGCUCUCCUGACGCAGCACACAUACUAAAAGACAAUGUCGGGCAAGUUCCAUUAAAAAUCCUGCCAGACGAAAGUGACCAUUGGAUAAAAGUGAAUCUUGAUGAUGCAGGCAGUGAAGUGUAUAAAUUAUCAAAAGUGAAAGGCGAAGAACGAAAUCUAUUUCGUAUUGGUGUGAAAUUGUUAUUUAAAGAUACAAACAAGUCUAAAACGUUCUACAGCGACGCUUUUCAAGUCAAGAGCAAACCAAAGGCAACAGGUACUAGUUCUAAUAUCUUGGUUUAAUCAUGUCCACAAACUUAAGCUUCUUUUAAAAAUUCUAAAUCUUGUGCUCGAGAGCUUUGCUGGCUUUCUUGCUCAUUUUCCGCAACUCGUAACGUUUGAAAUCCGGAAAUUAACCACUCAUUUUUCACCCUCCCCGAAAGAAACGUUAUCUCACGUCCCAUAAAAGGCUAUUAUUGUGGGCUGAGCUCAAUGGGCUGUAGUAUAAUGAAUUAUCUUGCAAUUAUUUAUUGAACAGAGGGUUUCUGUGAAGAUGGAGAGAAGCCUAUGAUCAAAGUUGAACCAUCAAAUGCAACUGAGUUAAAAAAACGACCUGCUAAACGUCCAAGGAUUGAUGAACAAGGUCAAGGUACAUGUAUAUAAUAUAGCAACACCUCUCAGCAAGACAUCUUCAAGAUGCGUUGUAAAAUUAUCAACCAUUGCACAAAUGAUGUUAAUGAACUGAAAACGAUUUUGUCCUAAAUUAACGCACGUUGCAUGACAAGGUAUAAAAUUGCAAAUUAAUCGUAAACGACCAUGAAGGUUUCAGAAAAUCAUUUACACCAUUACAAACAGCUAUUUACCACAUACAGUAUAAAAUUUGAUAAAGCCAUUCUUAUCUCAUAACUUGCGCUGUUGUUUUGUAGAUGUGAUGAUGUCAAGCCCACUGAGUACUGGUAAGUUUCAGUGAAACAAAAAGCACCCUGGGGCGUGUUGUUCAAAACUGGAUUAGCGCCUAACCCGGGUUAAAAUUUAACCUGUUAUUUUUGUGUGUGUAUUUCCGCACGUCUGUUUAUUUCAAAACUUGAGAGAAUAAAACUUCUAUUGAUCCAGAUAAGAUUUCGGGAAGAAUAUUUUCAUAUUUAUAAACAAGCUGUAAGGCAGAUUUCUUUGAAGAUUUUGUCAACCCUUGAUUAAGCUGACUGGUUUUUUAAUAACCGCCCCCUUGAUAGUACAUACAGUAAUAUAAACGGUGAACAAGGCGUUUUACUCUGCCAACAUUUUCCUUAACAUACCCGGCAAGAGUGAACAAAAACGAAAUAAAGAGAAUAUUGGCGGAGGGCCAUGUUCAGUUUUUAAUUUAGUAUAACUGUGCACGUCACAUUGCUUGGGUAGAAAUUGUGUUGUAAGUUGCAGAAAAAACCCGCGUGUUUGUCACCAAAGGACAAUGAAUUUUUUUCAGGAUCGUCUGUCUUCCCAGAAGUCAUUACAGACCAUUUGGAAGCGGCCACAGCGAACAUCAAACACCUAAAAGUGAAUCACCCCAUCCAAACACCACGGGGAGACGUUGCGUAUCAUUUCAAACUCAAAGACUGUCCUAAGAACAUCCAGUUAGAAGAAGGAGAUCUCAUUGGAUUCUUUGAGAAUCCUCAUGAUGGAAAGAGUGAGAUUCGUCGCUUGACGUGUGAUAAUGCUCGCUAUGCUAAGCUGGCAGGUGUGAUCAGUAGGUCUGCUUGGUUAGAGGGGAAAACGCCAGGCGACGAUGAUAAAGGUAAAGACAAAGUCUUCUUUUACAAGGAAAGAAGCGACGAAAUUAAACUAUAUUUGACUCAAGGUCAAGGAUGUUGCGAAGCAACGUCUGUCAGUCUUUGUGGUUACUUGAGUGUGGGGCAGUUAAACAAUGGGGGAAAUGACCAGCCUGCUUUGCGCGCACUGUUUGCCUGCGAAUCGGGCCUAUUAUUAAGAGGACAUUUUUUUGUAUGUUACGUAACACGCGCUCAAAACUAAUGAGUGUAAUAUACCACUUGCUGUUUAUGACUAUACAUCCAAAAUUUUUAUUUUUCGAUACGUUUCUCAAUCGGCAAACAAACUUCAAAAGUAUGUUUAGUCCUUUAUCUGUAAAAUAAUGCCACAAUAAAGAGAUUUUAGAUGGUACGCCAAAGAGAAAAUGAUGUCUGAAGUUCAGCAAGUUUGGCUUAUAUUGCUGGCGUCAAUUUUAAAGCGUCAUUGAUAAUUGUAUUUUAAUUGACAAUUUUUUGCUAUUAUUUUAUGUCUCUCAACUGGCAAAUGCAUUCAAAAGGUUGCUAUUAAACUGUAUAAACUAGAGAAUAAAGCAAAAACAAAGCAAUUUUGAAAUGUACGCCAAAAAAAUUGCCUCUUAAAUGUUUCUUAUUUUAGAUCCAACUGAUGUGGUUUGCGUUAUCGGAGUUGUAAAAGUCAAAGUGCGUGGUCCAGUUGAAAAUGGCGAACGUAUCUAUGCAUCGCUGUCGUCAUAUCCUGGCGUUGCUAUGCCAGAACACGUGAUCACGCAAGUGACGUCACAAGAACUAACGCUGAUUGGCCAGUCUCUGGAGUCGGGCAAAGAUAGUUCAGCUGAUGCUGUUAAUCUUGUGUCGUGUUUCGUGUCCAUUCUCCUCAGCAUUCAGACCCAGCAUACUAACAAGGCACUCAGUGACAUGCGUACUGAUGUACUGGGAAAUGUCGACAGUAAAAUCAAGCGAGCAAAGAAGAAGUUAUUACGAGGCAAGUAAUGACAUCACUUCUAAACUUUUCUUCCUAGAGAUCCAGUAAGGAUCAUUCCUUAUAAGUGAUCCAGUGUUAUUACAGAAGGAAACCUGAACUAAACUAACUUUAUUUAUACUGGAUAGCUCUAUCAGUUCUAAACUGUUCUCCCUAGAGGUCCAGUAAGGAUCAUCUCUUAUUGAUCCAGUGUUACUGCAGGAGGAAACAUAAACCAAACCAACUUUAUUUAUACUGGAUAGCUCUAUCAGUUCUAAACUGUUCUUCCUAGAGGUCCAGUAAAGAUCAUCUCUUAUUGAUCCAGUGUUACUACAGGAGGAAACCUAACUAGACUAACUUUAUUUAUACUGCAUGGAUAGCUCUAUCAGUUCUAAACUGUUCUCCCUAAAGGUCCAGUAAGGGCUAUCACGUAUUGAUCAAGUGCAACUGAAGAGAAAUUCUAGUCGGACAACUGCAUAUUGCCGGAAAGGAAUACAGUGAAAAGGUGCACAUGCAUUUUAACCACUGUAGUACCGAGUAUUUCCUGUAUAUUGUUUAGGUUUACAGUGGAAGCUACUGAUCGUGGGGAUAUUCCUAGGUCUACUUGGUGUAUUGUUGUAUCAGCUGUAUGCGCCAUUGACAGCAUUACGAUAUUGGCGAUGUUCACUUGGCUCCAUUGAUGAUUCCACGUCAUCGUUCUCUUUCACAACUACAAACUAUCAGGUAAACUAUUUUCAUGUCAGUAGGUGGGUUUGAUUAUGCUGGUGUUUACUAUCGUACAGCAGACGAUGGUGAGUCUGCAGUUCCCAGAGUGAGGAAAUAAUGUUUAUUCUUUUCAUGAUAUAUAGGUUCCGAAAGUGAAUGGGAUUGAAUUUCAUUUUGAUGAUCUGAUGGACAAGCUAGACGCGAACUUUAAACGAAAAAAGAACGACACAAGUAAGUUUUCAGCAAACUGUAUUCACGUUUCAACAAUAGCUGGAUUUCAAUUGUGAGAUGUAAUUUUGAAGCUGUUGACCACUCUCUGCUGUGAUGACCCGCAUGAAUUCAAAACUCGUUUAUUUUCACUUUAGUGUAUCGUUACUAUCUGAACAUAGACCGCUGUGCAGCUGGAGGUCUCAAGUAUGGUGUUCGGGGGCCUCUGUUCUAUGUCAUAGACAAGAAAUGCAGUGCUGCAUAUUAUUAUUUUGAUGGGACUUAUAGCAAAUAUAAAAGUGGCAGGAAUUUCUUGUGCUCGUUUGAUGAAAGAAGCUGCAGUUAUUGUAGCACUGAUGAAAAAAAUACUAAAAAGUGAGUAUGGCAUUUGCACUCCGCAGCGAGUUCUGUACAACACCAGACCAUUUUAAGGUUGCUGACAUUCAAGAACAUGUACCACCUCUGCAUGAUCUAACCAUGUUUAUUAACUCAGCAGUAAGUUUUGUACAACAUCAGAUCUCUGUAAGGUACAGUAGCCUUUGCAUGAUCUAACCAUGCUUAACUCAGCAGUGAGUUUUGCACAACAUCAGAUCACUUUAAGGUAGCUCACAUUCAAGAACAUGUACUACCUCUGCAUGAUCUAACCAUGUUUAACUCAGCAGUGAGUUCUGUACAACAUCAGAUCACUUUAAGGCAGCUCACAUUCAAGAACAUGUACUACCUCUGCAUGAUCUAACCAUGCUUAACUCAGCAGUGAGUUCUGUACAACAUCAGAUCACCCACAUUCAAGAACAUGUACUGCCUUUGUAUGAUGUAACCAUGCUUAAUUCAACAGUACGUUUGUGCAACAUAUGAUUAAUUUAUGGUACCAACUGGGUUACGUAGGCUACGAAGUUCUGGAAACAAUACGUUAAACACGACCCGCCUGGAAGAACAAUGUUUAUCAGGAAUAAAAGAGAAGCAAAGAAGUGCGAGUUUUAAAUAUAUUUCAGGCAAGACGAUGAAGGUGAGAGAUUAGUUAAAAGUAUUUGUUUCACGAUAUACAUGUAGUCCUGGUAGUUUUCGCAAACUUUAUAAAGAUGGUUUAGAUGCGUUUCACUGAUCACUGUCAGAUAGUGGUGAACCUGCAGUUAUCAGAGUGAACAAAUUAUGUUGACUGUUUUUGUUUGAUGUUGACGUUUUCUAUUUGCAUGCAUAUAAAUAAACGACUGUUAGUUUACUCUUCUUGCUUCUGUAAGGCCAAUAAAUAAAACUACAAGACAGAAACCAUAUUUUUGUUAAACUUAAAAAAACUUAUGUUUUGUGAUAUGUAUUGAAGAUUACCACAAACUGAUACAAACGCAGUUUUUAAUCCAGCCCCCUCGGCAACCUGACUUACGUGUUGACAACAUCGGAGACGUUUUUAACAGGACCUAUGGAAACCUGAGACCAACAAUUUAUUGUUGGUAUAUUUCUGUAGCAGACUACCAUCUGUUGACAUAGAUAUCUUAUAUACACUACUAGAUAGUGCAUCUAAUAAUAAUGCAAUUCAAAAAUUGAAGCCGUGAUUGCAGACUCAGGAUAUUCCCAUGAAAUGAGAAGACUCGUAUGUUUUCUAUUUCUUAAUUUUAAACAGGGAACUUAAACAUUAAGUUAAACCUAUUCCAAAUACAUUAUUCAAAUGAUGAAAGUUAUUGUUGUUUUUUAAGCGUUUAUUAGCGAGUGGGAAACUCCAACAUGGCCGCCAUCUAUUCAAAUGGGGGUAACCGCUGGAAUAUUCUUGGCUUCAAUUUUACUAAAAGAGAUGCGCUAUCUAGUGUAUAUAAGAUAUCUGUCUGUUGACUGUUGCCUUGUGACCCACUAGUAAACAUAUUUGGUUUAUUACUCGCAAUAAGAAACCAAUUACUUCUUUUAAAUAGGAAGUUUCCGUUGAUGGCAUUGAAGUAACGAUCGAUGAAUUACAAUUGGUAUUAAAUGAAACCAUGAACGAAGCACCCAAGGACAAAUGUAAGACAAUCUAAACUAAGCUGUUAGUUUUAUAUUGCCCAGCUCUAUUAUUAACUCUCGAGAGGUCCAGUAAGGAUCAUCUCUUAUUGAUCUAGUGUCACUAUACAAGAGGAAACCUAAACUAAACUAACUUUAUUUAUAUCGGAUUGCUCUAUCAGCUCUAAACUGUUCUCCCUAGAGUUCCAGUAAGGGUCGUCUCUUUAAUAUUGAUCCAGUGUUACUGCAGAAGAAAACCUAAACUAAACUAACUUUAUUUAUACUGGAUAUAGCUCUAUCAGUUCUAAACUGUUCUUCCUAGAGGUCCAGUAAGGGUCGUCUCUUUAAUAUUGAUCUAGUGUUACUGCAGAAGAAAACCUAAACUAAACUAACUUUAUUUAUACUGGAUAUAGCUCUGUCAGUUCUAAACUGUUCUUCCUAGAGUUCCAGUAAGGGUCGUCUCUUUAAUAUUGAUCCAGUGUUACUGCAGAAGAAAACCUAAACUAAACUAACUUUAUUUAUACUGGAUAUAGCUCUGUCAGUUCUAAACUGUUUUUCCUAGAGUUCCAGUACGGAUCAUCUCUUAUUGAUCCAGUGUUACUACAGGAGAAAACCUAAACUAAACUAACUUUAUUUAUACCGGAUAGCUCUGUCAGUUCUAAACUGUUCUUCCUAGAGUUCCAGUAAGGAUCAUCUCUUAUUGAUCCAGUGUUACUACAGGAGAAAACCUAAACUAAACUAACUUUAUUUAUACUGGAUAGCUUUAUCAGUUCUAGACUGUUCUCCCUAGAGGUCCAGUGAAGAUCAUCUCUUAUUAAUCCAGUGUUACUACAGGAGAAAACCUAAACUAAACUAACUUUAUUUAUACUGGAUAGCUCUAUCACUUCUAAACUGUUCUUCCUAGAGGUCCAGUAAGGGUCAUCUCUUAUUGAUCCAGUGUUACUACAGGAGAAAACCUAAACUAAACUAACUUUAUUUAUACUGGAUAUAGCUCUGUCAGUUCUAAACUGUUCUCCCUACAGUUCCAGUAAGGAUCAUCUCUUAUUGAUCCAGUGUUUUACUACAGGAGGAAAUGUAAACUAAACUAACUUGAUUUAUACUGGAUAACUCCAUCAGUUCUAAACUGUUCUUCCUACAGUUCCAGUAAGGAUCAUCUCUUAUUGAUCCAGUGUUUUACUACAGGAGGAAAUGUAAACUAAACUAACUUGAUUUAUACUGGAUAACUCCAUCAGUUCUAAACUGUUCUCCCUACAGUUCCAGUAAGGAUCAUCUCUUAUUGAUCCAGUGUUUUACUACAGGAGGAAAUGUAAACUAAACUAACUUGAUUUAUACUGGAUAACUCUAUCAGUUCUAAACUGUUCUCCCUACAGUUCCAAUAAGGAUCAUCUCUUAUUGAUCCAGUGUUUUACUACAGGAGGAAAUGUAAACUAAACUAACUUGAUUUAUACUGGAUAACUCCAUCAGUUCUAAACUGUUCUCCCUAGACAUCUAGUACCAGUAGUACGGGCUAUUCUUGGUCCAGUGUUACCAUAAUGUAAACUUUAUUUACACAUGUGACUGAGGUAUAAUCAAACAAGUGUAUAGGACAGCAAUCAAAACCCAGUCUCAACAGCUAGAGACGCGAGUGACCAUUAGUCCAUUAUAAACAAUCGUAAAAUUCCAAACCUAUUAUUAUUUUGUAGCUGUUCGAUAUUUCUACAAUCUCAAACGCUGUUCUGAGAAUGCACUUGGUCCCAAGUCCUUUGCUGUGAUAGGAAAAUGUGAUAACUCACAUUAUUAUAGUGAUUCUGGUAAGAAGUGGAAGAAAUAUAAGACAGCUAGAGACGUUCAAUGUGUACCUUCGUGCUAGAAUGGAUAUUUUCUUCAUCAACGACACCAUGUUGGAUCUCAAUGCACAAUGGUAUUGCAAGACUAGUUGGCAGCCAAGCUUAAUUAUGCCAAGCCUAGCAAGAUGUAAGCGCGCAGUUUUGAAUAGAACUAAAGAUAUGUAAUAAUGAACACGUAAGUCGCUUUUACCAAGCAGUAUCGUACAGCAGGUGCUGGUUAACCUGCAGUUAUCAGAGUGAGAAAAUAAUGUAUAUUCGUACUAUUCUGUGUAGUAGAAGAGAUGUAGUUUUAAAGAAACCAAAGAAUACACUUUGGCUAUACAGCCUCGUUUUCGUGUGUGUAUAUGACAUCAGCUAAAACCCAACGUCUCAAUUACAUACGAGGCUGUAUAACCAAGGUGUUUUCGGAAGCGUGUAUUGAACUGUAUUGUUAUGCACUUUUAUGCACUAGAAUCAGUGAUCUAAUGUUGUAAGUUUUACAUUUUUCCACUGAUAACAUUCAUAAUUUUAACAUAUAAAGCAUUUUCAUCUGUAAAUAACACACACUUUAAAGAAAAUUCAAAAGAAAUGAAUUUUUAAUCAAUGUUUGUAAAUCGGAGGAUAAAGAUUUGUCGUGAUUUACAUAAACUUCAGCU